UAAACAAUGACAUAUAAUCAAAAUUAACUAAAAUCAUGGAAAAUAUGACAAGUAAGCAAAUCACUUCAUAAAUAAUAGUAUAGAUAACACCAAAAUAUAUGUUUUCUUUUUGAAAAUAAAAAUUGCCUUCAAAUAAAAAUAUAUAUACUGAGAUUUUGACCUUAUAAGUUAUAAGAAGCUUUUCAUAUUAAUGUCCAUAACUCUAUAUAAUUGCAGGAUUGACCUCUCUCUCUCUCUCUCUCUCUCUCUCUCUCUCUUUCUUUCUCUCUGGAGCAAUUUAAUUUCCACAAGAUUCCAAACAAAGAGAAUUGAUAGAAAGUGAGAUUUGCAAAAUUUUAUUAUCUUCCUCCUCUAAUCCUCUCCUAUUAUUAAGGCGCAUAUACUCUAUCCAUCUAUCUCUCUCUAACUAGCUUCAUGGCUGCUUCGGUCUCCGACCAUUCAUUGACUUCUUGAUCUCUGGUCUCCAUCUAACAAAUUCUGCCAUGGUUCGUGAUGCUGAAUCCUCCACAACGCUUCUUCUUUCAUGUGGGUUUUCUAGUAGUUUCGCUUUUAUGAGGUUAUUACAAAGGGCUCAUCACUUCUCUGCCGUCUCUGAGGACGACGACAACGAAGACAUUCGCUUAGGAUCUGAUCAUCAAGUAAAAGAUAAACAUCACCAAGUUUGUAGGAGAGAUCGUAGUUUCAUGGCCGAUCAAGAAGAGCCGAGGAGUACAACUUCUAGGUUAAGCUCCAAGGAAGACGACGACAACAACAAGAAUAAUACCAUCAACAAUGAAGCGGAAGAUCAUGAGAUGAGACAAGAAGGGUGGCUCCGGUUAAGCACUGGCCACGAGGAUGAUGUUAAACUGAAUAUUGACCAUGUGCAACAACAUCAAACCGAUCCAGCGGAUAGGAGAGACUCUUUUCUAGAGCUUAAUCUUUUCUCUGGCGGUUCAAAUAGAGAAGAAGGAGUUGGUCUUACAUCAAUGUCAUCUCUCUUACAUCAUCAGCAUCAGCCAAGAGGGAUGAUGAUUAAUCCAUUGAUGUUCCCUACCAGGCCUGAUCAGGAGAUGAUUGGUUCUUGGGCGGCUGCCUUUAAAACGCCUUUUGUCCCACAAAACCUAGUGCAACCAUCAUCAUCAUCUGCUUCUUUGAUGCCGUUGCUAAGACCCUACUUUGGCCGCUCCAAUUUUCAGCAGCAGUUAAUAGGGAAUAAUAAUAAUAAUCCGGAUGCGUUGGCUGGUCCAAGCUCAAGUUUUCGAGUCAUUGAUCCUUCUAGACGACCCCAUUCCGGCGUUUGGUUCCUCCUUCAAGCUUCUCAAAACCAGACAAGAGAACCAUUCUUGCCUCAGAUCCCCAAGAGCUACUUGCGAAUCAAGGACGGGAAUAUGACUGUUCGACUAUUGAAAAAAUAUUUGGUGAAUAAGUUGCGAUUAGAGCACGAAUCCCAGGUAGAGAUAAGAUGCAGAGGGCAAGAACUGGAGCAAGUGUUGACACUACAACACGUGAGAGAUACAAUAUGGAGAGGAAGCAGAGAAAGUUCUUCUACUAUUUCACAAAACCUUACUUUGCUUCCAAAUUCAUCUACCUCUGAUCAUCUCAUGGUCCUCCAUUAUGGUAGGAGUACUCUUUCUUAAUUAUAUGUUUCUAUAAUACUUAUUCUCUAUUUUAUUAUAACACCUUAUUAUUCUCAAGAGAAAUAACUGCCCACCCUUUCUUUCAACUCAACAUCCCACCUUCUUCAACUGUUUUUCCCCUCUCUUCAUUUUUUUCGGCGACUGCUUCGAUUAUUUAUAUCAGUGGUGAGAUUUGUGGAAUGAAAGAGUUAUCUAAUUCUUUAGGAGUAUGCAUGUCCCGGUUGGUGUUUUUAUUGUUGUAUCUUCUGGGGUUGUGAGUAACAUUAACGCAUGGAAAAAAUGUAUUCGUAUUUAUAUACAAUAUUUUCAUGCUA